GAGACUGUGGUGGUGGUAGGAGGAGAAGCAGAGUGAAGGGCCUGGAAAGGGAAGGGGGAAGAGGGAUCCGGUGACCGCCCUGCUCCUCCUGUCUUACCAAAGAAAAGCCUUCUUCAGUCUCCCUUACCCGAUCCCUCCUCGAUGGGACUCAUCCGAUCCGAUCGGUGAGGUUACCCUCCCCCUCCCUCCCCAGAACCCAACUACCUUCUCCUCUUCUCAGUAUAUAGUAAGCCAGAGCGGAAGGAGGAGAUAAAUAUACAGAGAAGAAGCUGGUCGAUCGGCAUUGUGAUCAUGGCAGUGGUUGAGAACGCGAACGGCGUCGAUCUGGCGGUCGCCGCGGGCCCCUCCAUCACCGGCGGUGGAGCGGCGGACCCCCGCAGUGCCAAGGAUCUGGUUUCCACUUCGGCCUCAUCCGGACACCCCGCCUUCCGCCCCCACCGCGACCCUUCCGCGGCCGCCCCGGCGGCUUCCUCCUUCCACGCAAAGCCUCCGCUCGCCUUGGGACUGAAUAGAGACGGACCGUCGGCCGCGGUGGUGGGGUCACAGGGGGAGGGGUUUAAGCGGGAGAUGCGGGAUUUGGAGGAGCUGCUCUCGAAGCUGAACCCGAUGGCGGAGGAGUUCGUACCUCCGUCUCUCGCCGGGAUGGGGAACAGGUACGGCGCCGCUGGUGGAGGGCUUUAUGCGAGUGGUUUUGAGGUGAGCAACGGGGUUGGGGACGGCGGCGCUGUUGGGAAUGGUGAGAGGCGGAAGAAGAACGGAUAUGGCCAGGGGAAGCGCAGGAUGAACAGUCGGACGAGUUUGGCGCAGAGAGAGGAGGUGAUAAGGAGAACCGUGUAUGUCUCCGACAUUGAUCAUCAGGUUACUGAAGAACAGCUUGCGGCACUUUUCAUCAACUGUGGACAGGUUGUUGACUGUCGCAUGUGUGGUGACCCAAAUACAGUUCUUCGCUUUGCUUUCAUAGAGUUCACUGAUGAGGAGGGUGCACGAGCUGCUUUAAAUCUGUCAGGAACUGUUCUUGGGUAUUACCCAGUAAAGGUGCUUCCUUCAAAAACUGCAAUUGCACCUGUCAACCCAACAUUUUUGCCUAGGUCUGAUGAUGAACGGGAGAUGUGCUCAAGGACUGUCUACUGUACAAAUAUUGACAAGAAGGUUUCUCAAGCAGAUCUUAAACUCUUCUUUGAGUCUCUUUGUGGAGAGGUUUAUCGCCUAAGACUGCUUGGAGAUUAUCAUCAUUCCACAAGGAUUGCUUUUGUUGAAUUUGUGAUGGCUGAUAGUGCAACUGCUGCUCUGAACUGUAGUGGUGUGGUUUUAGGAUCCUUGCCAAUAAGGGUAAGCCCCUCGAAGACUCCUGUGCGUCCACGAGCACUUCGCGUGACCAUGUAUUAAGUCUUGAAGGUCCAUGUGGUGACUUUUGACAGUAUAUACACACAACUACACAGGGAUAUUUAAGGUUUAGCUUUUGCUUUGUAAGUUCCAUGUAGUUUUUACUCUUCCUACUUAAAAGAAAAUUUAGCAUCAACGCUGCUGGUUAGCACAUUUUGGUGGUUGGAACUUAGGCUGACAUUUUUCCGUGAUUAUCUAGUGUUUUGUCGAAGUAAACAUGCAUGUGUUUGGAGAUCUCGAUUAAACUUCAAUUUGUAUCUAAUUUGAAGUA